AUGGAUGAAGCACUUGGGCAUAUUGAGAGCAAUACAAGGUUCUCUGACAUGAAGCUGUUCGACGGCGUAAGCUCGGGAUGUACAAUAGAAACAAGCAACGAAAGCACCUCAGCAGAUGCCGAAGUCGGUAGUAUCUCUUCAGGAGACGAGAUAGCACAUCAAGGACACGACGCUGUUGGAGUAGGCGGGAAAGCCACCAUCUCAGGAGAAGAAGCGCGUGAAAUAUUUUCGCGAAAGCCGGUGGAUACUGGGUUGACUACUAGAGCUAGCAUCAUUCUGAGCAAGAGCUUUCAUAUCAGUCCUAAGGCAGUGCGUGACAUCUGGAACAAGAGGACGUGGGUUCGAGAAACUUUGUCGCUGUGGACGCCGGAGGAGCUGCACAGAUAUGCGCAGUCCAAGAGAUGCCCUAUUGCCGAGGAUGGGAUCUGUCCUUUCGGGGAAUUGUGCAACUGUAGGAAAAGACCCGGACGACCUGUGGGGUCCAAAGACUCAAAGCCAAGGAAGCGACGGAUGCAUUCUUCGUCAUGA